AUGAAUCUUUUCCACUUCGAUCAAGCCUCGCCUCAAGAUAACGACAUGAUUCCAAUGUCCACGACCUACGACUUCCACCCCAUCAGCCCGACCGCACUCGAGUCCAGCUCCAUGUUCGGCAACCACGACAUGUCAUCACAAAUGCAUGGCAACCCAGGCACCAUGUGGAGUGGCAUGUCACAGCCUGCAUUGGAUGGCGGCCUGGAGAAACUCCUCAACAACUAUGGCACGACAAUGGAGCGGUACGGUCAAGUGACGCCGCCAGAUGAUGCGAAUAUGCAGGAAACGACAAAGUCGUUCGGCAAGAGAGCUGACUCUGGAGCUUCUGGCAUGGAGGUUAACGACGCCUCGAGUAUGUCUCCUCGCAGUUUCAUAUCCAGCAAGCGGCCUUCGGUAAGGUCAUCCCAGAAGAGCCGGAAAGAGAGUCGGACGUCAGAAGAUGGUUUGACUGGCGACAAGAAAGACAAAUACCGAGAGAAGAAUCGCGUCGCUGCGGCCAAGUGUCGUGCAAAGAAGAAGGAACAUACCGACCAGCUCGAAGACACAUACCGUACGCAGAGCGCAAUGAACAGCGCCUUGAAGCAGACCGAGAAAUCUCUGCGUGAUGAGUUGUCGUACUGGCGUACGCAAGCACUACAACACACCUUCUGCAGCUGCCACUCCAUCCAGGAAUACAACAUGAGGAAAGCCCAGAGCAUGGCCUUUGGUACCAACUACGGCACAACAUCUUCCCCAGUCAUGGCAGAUGGUCGUUCAGCUUCCUUCAGUCACAACCAUAUGCGGUCGUCCUCGGCUGCCGGCAUAGCUUCUCCUGUAAUGAGCGAGAUUAACGGCAAAACACCUUCAACGGCCUCCUUGUCAGGUGUACCCGAUCCAGAGACCAGAGAGAUGACCAGACAAUAG